AUGGCUAAACCCAAAAAUGAGGACACCUCGGAAGAAGCCAAGAAAAUUGUCGAUGACGCAAAAAAUUUCAUUGAAAAGGCUAUUACUGAUAUUGGAAAAACAUCUGCAACAAAGCAGCUAAUUUUAGGAACUGCGUCAGGGUGGAUAACAGGGUUUAUUUCUAUGAAAAUAGGAAAGCUAGCUGCUGUAGGCCUUGGAGGUGGUGUAAUCCUAUUGCACAUUGCUAGUCAAAAGGGCUAUGUUGACAUAAACUGGGAUAAAAUAAACAAGAAAGUUGACAAAAUUACAGACAAAAUUGAAAAAGAGGCUACAGGAAAAUCACCAGAUUGGUUUGAAAAAGUUGAACGAUUUGUUGAUCGAAAGAUGGAUAAAGCUGAAGAACUAUUAAAAAAAAGAGAGAAAAAGGCUAAACACUGGUACAAUAAUUUUGUUGGUGAUGAUCAAUACCGUGCCACUGAGUCCCAUGUCUUCUUAGCUUCAUUUGCAGCUGGUAUGGCCAUAGGCCUACUUUGUGGUCAAUAA